AUUGAUACACUCUCGUGGUACAGAUAAUGGCUCCGAGCUUCGAGAAUAUUGGAAACGAACUGUUCAACUUCGUAGUUCGAGAAGGCAACGGAGUGAAAGGCAUGGUGGACUCCGGCAUAACCACGGUACCUGAUCAAUACAUCCAAUCACCACAAGAACGAAUCGUCAAACAAGGCAUAGACCCAUCAUAUCCACCAUCUCUAGUUUCACCCAUUGACCUGUCCGAGCUCGAGGGGCCUAACCAUGAUCAGGUGGUGGAACUUCUUGGACAGUCUGCCGAGACGCUUGGGUUCUUCCAAGUGAUCAACCAUGGUGUGCAGGUUGAAUUGCUGGAGCAGCUCAAGGAUGCAGCACAUCGGUUCUUUAAUCAGCCGCCUGAAAGGAAGGCUUUUGUUUAUCUCAAAGGAGCAAGCCCAAGCCCGUUCGUGAAAUAUGGAACCAGCUUUGUACCGGAGGCGGAGAAAGCUUUAGAGUGGAAGGAUUAUAUAAGUAUGACUUACAGCGGCGAUGAAGAUGCUCUGAACUUCUGGCCUGAGGAAUGCAAGGAAGUUGCACUUGAGUACCUCAAGUCAUCAACCAAGAUGGUGAAAAGGAUACUGGAAGUAUUGCUUAGAAGGCUUGGAGUGACAGUAGACCAUACAGAGACUGAGGCAUAUAUUGGCACAAGGAUGGUCAAUAUGAAUUUAGUGUCCAAAUCUGAGCUCACAGUUGGAGUUGGGCGCCACUCCGACAUGGGCAUCCUUACUGUAUUGCUGCAAGAUGGGAUUGGUGGUCUGUAUGUGAAGGUGGAAGAUGAUAGACUUGGUAGAAAGAAGGGAGAAUGGGUAGAAAUUCCACCCACCCCGGGAGCACUGGUCGUCAACGUUGGGGAUACCUUAGAGAUCUUAAGCAAUGGAAGAUACAAGAGUGCAGAACAUCGAGUGUGGACUACAAACGCAGAAUCACGAGUGUCAAUCCCAGUAUUUGUGUUCCCCCUGCCAACGAAGAAGAUCAAGCCGCUACCUCAAGUGGUAGAGAAGGAUGGGGUGGCUCACUACGGAGAGUUUCUGUUUGAAGAAUACAUGAAAAAUUUCUUUGGGAAGGGUCAUGAAGGCAAGAAGUCUCUUGAUUUUGUUAAAAUCACCAUGUCUCCAUCCUAAGCAUCAUAUCUUAUACACACCACCGUUAAUUCUGAAUUUAUCUUCUUGUGAUCUUUUUGUGCUUGUUUUCUGAGGCUUCCCCUCAUUUUACAAACUGAUGAGUCAUGAUGACAAAAUAAACUCAGUUUUUAUUCUAGGGCUGUACUCAAUUCAAAGAGGCAAAAUAAACUCAAUGUUUACAUG